CCUGCAUCCCCGAGGCCUGGCUCUGCGACGGCGAGCCCGACUGCCCUGACGACUCGGACGAAUCUGGCAAAACUUGUGCACAGGAGGUGGUGAUCAGAUGUCCACUCAAUCACAUACAGUGCAUCGGGUCAAAAAAGUGUAUUCAUUUAAAUAAACUCUGCAAUGGGGCCAGAGACUGUGAAGAUGGCUAUGACGAAGGAGUUCACUGUCGAGAGCUCCUGUCAGCCUGCCACGAGCUGCGGUGCCGCUACGGCUGCGUCAUGACGAGAAACGGCACCUUCUGUUUUUGCGCUGAUGGCUUUGAGGUCGGCGAGGACGGGACAAGCUGCAGAGAUCAUGAUGAAUGUGCCAUGUAUGGCGCAUGCAGCCAAACCUGCACAAACACCUAUGGGUCAUACAGAUGCAGCUGCUCAGAAGGAUACAUCCUGCAGCCUGACGGGAUAUCUUGCAAAGCCAGACAAGAUCCUGGUGACAGCCGUCCGAUGCUUCUCAUUGGCGGUUCAGAUCGUAUUAUCAUCACCCAUCUAAAUGGAACAGGCCUCCAGCCCCUGAGGUCUCUAAGUGCAAAUGGAACACUGGCAUUGGAUUUCCAACACAACCAGGAGAAUGUGUGCUGGGCCCUUUCUACAGAAUCCUCUGGGCAGCUCCGCUGUGCUGAAACCAGGAAUCUGCGUGGAUUCACACGGGAACGGGAAAUAAGAACACAACAAAGUCUGCAACAUGUGGAGCACAUGGCCAUUGACUGGCUAACAGGCAACUUUUAUUUUGUCGACACAACAAAUGAUAAGAUAUUUGUCUGUAACCAAGGGGGGGACACGUGUGUUACUAUCAUACAACUGGACCUGCUGAAUCCUAAAGGAAUCGCUCUGGAUCCUCUCAUGGGAAUGCUCUUCUUCACGGACUAUGGGAACGUGGCCAAGGUGGAGCGCUGCAACAUGGACGGCACAAACCGGACCCGGCUGGUGGAUUAUAAAAUUGAGCAGCCCACAGCUGUGGCAUUGGAUGUUGUGAAGAAACUGGUUUACUGGGCAGAUGCCUUCCUGGAUUACAUCGAUGUGAUGGAUUACAACGGCAGGAACAGGCACACCAUUAUUCACGGGAGCCAAGUGACUUAUAUUUAUGCAUUAGCCGUGUUUGAGGACUAUCUAUAUGCUACCCACUCUGACUCCUCCAAAGGGAGUUCCAGCGUGGAACUGCUACAGAUCCACAGGUUCAACAUGACAGCGGAGAGCAGGACAAUGGCCAGCCUGGGGAAUACCAGGGGGCUCCGUGUUUACCACAAACUCACUCAACCAAAAGUCAGGAGUCACGCAUGUGAAAUCGUUUUGUAUGGAAAGCCGGGUGGAUGUUCCCAUAUCUGCCUUCUGAGUGGCAGCUACAAGUCCAGAUCCUGCCGCUGCCGUACAGGAUACAGUCUGGACUCAGACGGACAGUCCUGUAAAAAGCCCAAAAACGAUCUCUUCCUGUUCUACGGUAAGGGGCGUCCAGGGGUGAUCCGAGGCCUGGAUAUGAAUAUCAAGUCCAGCGAUGAGCACAUUGUUCCAAUCGAGGACCUGGUCAACCCUCGGGCCAUCGACUACUAUGCAGAAUCGGGACACAUCUACUUUGCUGACACCACCAGUUUCCUUAUUGGGCGGCAACAAAUUGAUGGAAACAGCAGAGAGACGAUACUCAAAGAUGAACUGGACAAUGUUGAAGGGAUCUCGGUGGACUGGAUUGGGAAUAACUUGUAUUGGACCAACGAUGGCUACAGAAAGACAAUCAGCGUUGCCAGACUGGAGAGAGCCUCACAAACCAGGAAGACUCUGUUGGAAGGGAAUAUGUCACACCCCCGGGCCAUCGUGGUGGACCCUCUAAACAGCUGGAUGUACUGGACGGACUGGGAAGAAGAUGAAGUCAACGACAGCAUAGGGCGGAUAGAGAAAGCCUGGAUGGACGGAUCCAACCGCCGCAUUUUCGUCACCUCCAACAUGCUGUGGCCCAAUGGCCUGACUCUGGACCAUAGCACAAGUACCAUGUACUGGUGCGAUGCCUACUACGACCACAUUGAGAAGAUUAAUCUCAAUGGGACAGGAAGAAUGGUGGUGUACAAUGGAAAAGAGCUGAACCAUCCGUUCGGAAUCUCUCAUUAUCGUAAUUUCAUCUUUUGGACGGAGUAUGUACUCCGUCCAAAAGAUGAAAUUACGAUAAUGAGAGAUUCCGAACGGAUGGUUCAGCUCUUUUCCAUUGUACACCACCUGCAACAUGGAGCAAACAUGCAGNUUGGAAUAGAGCAUGAACCCAAGAGUCAGUUUGGCUGGAACGGCUCCUUUGAACCACAUCAGCUGAGCUUGAUGAUGUUGAUUGCUGAACUGGAAAACAGGCCUCCUGGAAGAGGGAAUAGUUGUAACGUUGAUGAAGAUAUCAACUAUAGUGAAUGGCAAAUCUUGGAGUCGGCGGAGUGCCACUGCUCACCAAUACAGAGGGAAGCAAACCACAGGUAA